UCAAAAACCAAAGUUGCACCCCUGGUGGAUGGUGUAUAGGUGCAGGGUUAGAUGGUAGUGCAAUGUAAGUUUUCCCAUUCCCCCUUAUUUGUUGGUUUCGUCACAAUGUGGAAUUCACAUUCAGAACUGAGAAAUGCAGCAAUAUUCCAAAAAGCGUCUGCCGGAAAUUCACAAGAAGCUGAAACAAGGGUGGUUUAACUUACCCCACUCUCCCCUACUGCUCUGCCCUUGAGUUCAGACGUGGCGCCGGGUCUGAACUGUCUUUAUACCUCAGAGGUCUGAACACCAAGUUCCAGGACAUCAUCAUCUACACUACAGACAGACCCUAAUUUCAACCCAACUUAUCCUGAAGUCUGAGAAAACAUGUGGCGGAAGGCUGCGGGAGCUGCCCUGUUGGCCUUGGCCAUUGGAUACUUCUACCACACCAACCCUGAGCUGCCUGAACAAGUUCUCCAGUACUUGUCCCUGCCUCAUCCAUCCACUCAGGGCGACCCAACCUUGGAGCAGGUUAUCUCCACUGCCUGGGAGACCCUAAUAACUGCCCCCGCCAGUCAGUGGGGCAGAGUGGCAGUAGGGGUGAAUGCAUGUGUGGAUGUUGUGGUGUCGGGGAUAGGGCUGCUACAGGCUUUGGCUGUGGAUCCUGGGAUGGGCCGUGACCAUGAAGUGUUACACUCUAAAGAGGACCUGAAAGAGGCUUUCAUCCACUACAUGGAGAGGGGGACCGCGGCGGAGCGUUUCUUCACAGACAAAGAGGUCUUCCAGAGGAUUGCACGGGCCGCUGCAGAGUACCCUGGUGCUCAGCUAUAUGUUGGAGGAAAUGCUGCUCUCAUUGGACAGAAACUUGCCACAUACCCUCAGCUUAUGGUUCUGCUAUGUGGACCUGUUGGGCCUAAACUACACGAGAUGCUGGACGAGCAAAUCGUUGUCCCCCCCGAGUCCUUGCAGGAGACUGAUGAAUAUCACCUAAUUCUGGAGUACAAAGCAGGGGAGCAGUGGGGUGCGACACGGGCUCCCCAAGCCAACCGCUUCAUCUUCUCCCAUGACGUGUCCAAUGGGGAGAUGAGAGCACUGGAGAUGUUCGUGGCCAGCCUGGAUGAGUUCCAGCCAGACCUGGUGGUCCUGUCCGGUCUGCACAUGAUGGAGGGCCAGGGGAGGCAGAUGUGGGAGCAAAGGCUCAAAGAGGCAGUGGCGGCCAUUUCUGACGUCCGCAACGCGGUCCCCGUCCACCUGGAGUUGGCAAGCAUGACUGACAAAGACUACAUGAACAGCAUCAUGCAAGAGCAGGUCAUGCCCAUAGUGACAUCCAUUGGGCUGAAUGAGCAGGAGCUACUUUUCCUCUCCCAGGCCGGCACAGGGCCUCACGCUGAGCUGGCCUCCUGGGGGGGCAUACCGGAUGUAGGCCGAGUCAGUGACAUCCUCCUGUGGGUCCUUGAGCAGCAUGGACGCAGUGACCCCGAGUCGGAGGCUGACCUCACGCGUAUCCACUUUCACACUCUGGCGUACCAUGUCCUUGCCACUGUGGACGGGCACUGGGCCAACCAGGUGGCCGCCGUGGCAGCAGGGGCCCGUGUGGCCAGCAUCCAGGCCUGCGGCCUCCAAAGCAUAGAUGCCAGUAAGGUGGUCCUUAGAGCUCCGCUGGAGUUCCACAGUUCCCAUGGCGAACCUAGAGAGAAGUUGUCCCUGAACCCAACUGAGCCUGUCACUGUUUGGCACCGUGGCAACGUGACCUUUCACCUUGCACCCGUGCUGGUCUGCAAGCAGCCACUCCGGACAGUAGGGCUGGGGGACGCCAUCUCAGCAGAGGGGCUCGUAUACUCUGAGCUCAGGCCACAGCUGCCAUUUUUGUGAGGUCCUUUUUUGUUGCACUCUUGUUCUUUUAUUGUAUGGUGGUGUGCACCAUAUCUCCCCAACCCCAACCAACCAGUGAUGUCUUUACCUGUACUGUAGCUUUUUCUUGGGUUGAAAUUCUGAUCCUUGGUUAGCUAAGUAUUUUGCACUGGGCACAGUUUAAGCCAUUUCUGUAACUCCAAGGAGUUGUGCUGGGUUACCUCUGAUUUCAUUUGCCUUGUGAAAAUUCAAUGUAAAUGUUUGUGUACAAAGACAAUGCCAAAGCUGCUUGUCAGUUUGGUUUGGGGGGGGGAAUGGAAAAACAUUCAGCGAUAUGGUCUCCAUAAGUAGCGGUGCGAUUUCAGACAGAGUUUGAGCUUUCAUGCAGCACAAUAGAGGAGCAAACUCCUGUGCACAUAUGCAGAUACUAAACAGUGCCAAUGAGUUCAGCCUCUUGCAUCAUACACUUUUGGAAGUUUAUUUUCACAUCAUCUCGCUGAGUCUUAGUUCAAUUUCCUUCAAUAAUCUUUUCUUGUUGACCCUGUUCAGAACAAGCUCCCUCAUCCAAGCACUAUAGUUGGGGAAAGUGGGGUAAGUUGAGCCAAGUGGUUAGUUGAGCCACCCCUUGUUGCUAGGAAACUAUACAUUUUGUGUAUCAUGUGACCAAAUAUUUAGGAAGAGGUCAUCAUUUCAUGGAGUCUGUGAAGGAAGAAACCACAUGGGAAAAGUGGUCCAAAGGGUAAAAAAAAAAAAAAAAAAGAUUUUCAGUCAAGUUAAUUUCUGUUAUAGGUUUCAUGUUUGUAUCUAAACCAAAGUAGAUUGUUUUAUACAUCAGUUGCCGUUUCUAUAAGCUGCAAUAUGAGGUCCUAAACCUAGCAUUAAAGUGCAUUCUUGUAGCUACAGUAUAUGGGCUAAUAUAGUCAGUGUUUGCCUCAAGGUAAAUUGAACCAAUCACUACCAUACCCCAUACAAAUAAUGAUUAUUUUGUUAGUUUUAUGCACAAUAUUUUAGCAAUGUGUCAUGCAUAUGAACUCGAGUAGUGUAUUUUUGUUACAGCGCAGACAUCAUGCCACGUGUAUAAGAACGUAAAACAAGCAGGGGUCUACACCCCCCCCCUUCAGGUUCUUGAGAGCAGCCAAGGAAGGGAAGAAGUCCAUUCAAGCAGCAGCAGCAAUGGAUGAAAGAAAUGUACAGAAUGACACUGAAGCAGUACUAUAACAUUUUUAUGCGAGUAAAAUACAUGUUGGAUACUUUUUUUCUUGACAGUCCUGAUGGAAAACCACAUUUCUUGGUAGACUUUCCAAAUGUCGACAAAACAAAAUAUGCUAGACAAGGUGGGAUCUUUUUGUGUCUAUAAAAUGUGUUAUGUGAGAAAUGGUGGUGGAAAAGCUUUUAUACGCAAAUAUUGAUAUAACUAUCAAUAACCACCAGGCAUACACAAGGCUCAUUCCUCUGCACAGGUGUUGCUGCUGCCUGGCAGAUCUGGAUAGGUAUUAUAUACACUGCUCAAAAAAAUAAAGGGAACACUUAAACAACA